UCUGUAAUUUUCCAACCAGCACUGUAUGAAGUGAGAGUGGGGGUUUCUCCCAGAUCUGGGAGAUCUCCGUAACCUGAUCUCCAGCUUAGAGUCGGAGCUGGGAGUGUGGCAGUGAAAGACUGGCAGAUCUCUGUGUAAGAGCUGCAGAAAUGAUCAACUUAGAGGGAUCAGUGACACUCCAGGAUGUGGCUGUGGAAUUCACCCCAGAGGAAUGGCAGCUGCUUGACUGUGAUCAGAGAACCUUGUAUUGGGAUGUGAUGUUGGAGAACUUUAGAAACCUCAUCUCAAUGGGGUGUCCAGUCACCAAAACAAAAGUGAUCUUCAAGGUGGAGCAAGGACAAGAGCCAUGGAUGGUGGAGGGAGAGAACCCAUGUUGGCGCUCUCCAGAAGCUGACUGCCCACUUAUUGAUGAAUCAGACAAGAACCAGGAAAGCAAAGACAAUUUUUUGAAUUCAGUUUUGUUCAUGUUCAAUAAAAUUCUGACUGUGAAGAGACUUCAUGGUUAUAAUAUGAGCACAAGUCUUAAUCCUACAAGAAAAAAAUCAUAUAAAUGUAAGUCAUAUAGGAAGAGUUUGCAACCUACUUCAGACUUACUUAAUUGUAAUAGAUGUUAUACUGGAGAAAACUGUUAUGAAUGCAGUGAAUGUGGGAAAGCCUUCAAAAAGAAGUUUCAUUUUAUUAGACAUGAAAAAAAUCAUACAAGAAAAAAACCCUUUGAAUGCAACGACUGUGGGAAAGCCUAUAGCAGGAAGGCUCACCUUGCAACUCAUCAGAAAAUACAUAAUGGAGAGAGACCCUUUGUGUGCAGUGAUUGUGGGAAAGCGUUUACGCAUAAAGCACAACUCGUGGUCCAUCAGAGACUCCACACUGGAGAGAAGCCUUAUGAAUGCGGUCAAUGCGGGAAAUCAUUCACCUGGAACUCCUCCUUUACUCAACACGUGAAAUCACAUACACUUGAGAACUCAUUUGAAUGUAAGGAAUGUGGGAAAACCUUCAGGUAUAGUUCAUCCCUUUAUAAACACUCUAGAUUUCAUACAGGAGAGAAACCCUAUCGAUGCAUCGUAUGCGGCAAAGCCUUUGGCAACACUUCUGUGCUUGUUACGCAUCAAAGAAUUCACACAGGAGAGAAACCUUAUGGAUGUAUUGAAUGUGGCAAAGCCUUCAUCAAGAAGUCUCAUCUCCUCAGACAUCAGAUAAUUCAUACAGGAGAAAAGCCCUAUGAAUGUAGCAAAUGUGGGAAAGCAUUUUCCCAGAAGUCAAAUCUUAUUGUACAUCAGAAAAUUCAUAUGUAAUAUUCACUUAUGAAUCUGAGAAAACUUUAAAUAUUUGAUAAACCUUAUUAAGUAGAGAAUUUAUGAUGAGGAGAAAUCCACCAAUCUGAAUGAACUGGAAGAAUAAAUUCCCAUUAAAAAAACCAAUGCCAAUCAUGUUCUCAAGUGAUAAUAAAGUUUUUAGAGAAAAGAUCACAGAAAAAGUUAAUUUAUAAAUGCACAUAGAGCUUGGAAAGUAAGCAUAAAUUAAACAAUCAAGGAAUCAGUGAAAACUACAUUUACCAUCUCUGAUUUUUAAUUUUUAUAACAAAUUAUACAAUUAUGCAAGUGUGAGUAUAAAAUGUUUAUAUUAUAUAUUAUAUUAAAUUAUAUCUAUUAAGAGUUUCUGCAGUAAAUUUCACCAUUUUUUUCUUCCAACCCUAACAGUAACAUGCAAGUGAAAACAUGUGGUUUAAUAUGUAGUAUGAAUUUCAGUAAUAUAUUCACCCAUUUGCUGGCACUUUUAAGGGGUAUGGCAGUGUUACUGAAUCUCAUUCUCAAACUUGUUAUAAAGAUGUAUAGAAUUACACAUAUGUAUAAUUUAACAAGAUACCAGUUGAGAGGGGGAAAGCAGUUGUAUUCUGUAUUACAGUAAGUACUCAGUUGAGGAAAAGAAGUAUUUAAAUAAGUGUGUAAAUAAAA